UGGUUCGGAAAUCGUUGCAAAAAGUUGGGAGUUUUUAACAUUUUUCACGAAAUUGUGAAUUUUGUGAUUAAAAUAAAAGUGAUGAGAGCAAAUUAGAGUCAUUUGCAACUCCAGUCGUCGUUCCCGCUGGAAAAGUGCCCAGAAAAGAUUCUUCCAACUCCGGCUCCGGGAAGCAAUCACUGUUCUCACAUUAAACCCCAUAGUGAACUGCGGCAGAGAUAUCGAAAAGAAACCCGCAUCCAUCACUGCAAGAUCCUGCAAUUACUAUAAGCCGAACCUCAAAAUCGCGUUGGAAAAUCGAACAUUCGAAACACAAGGAAUCUCUCGGGAAUAUGGAAAACUGAUAGUGAAUCGUGCAAUUAUCGAACGAAGGUUCGACCUACCGGUACUCUACGAAUUCUGCUGAUCGAGCUAAACAUAGAAAUGUGUAAUUCUCGGGAGUGGUCCAACCGAAAUUGAAGAGCAGCUCGCCAACCUAGAACGACUGAGGAAAUCGUCUUCAGUUUCCCGCGGGGAAAAACGGGCCCUAACAAGCGCCUGUAGUUGGCGCCCGGAGAAAUGGACGCUGCCAAGCAACGGUUGGGCGAAGUCGUCGGGAAUGUGCAGAAUAACCUUACUAUGGCAACCGAAAGCGGUCUACGCGUGGUGCGCCAGUACUCCGACGAGGGACGCAGCAUGGCCAUGCGAGCUCUAAACGAAGCCCAAAGCGAGGCUGGACCAAUAAUGCGCAAUGCCUGGACCAACUUUUUACAACUAGUUCAUCGACUGAAAGCCACUGCCCGUAAUGUUCUCGAUCCAUCGGUACUCAUCGAAGAGUUGCGUAUUAUAUUCCGAGAUGAAAUUGCACGCAACAAUGCGUUUCUGGUGCUGAUCGGUCUCGGUUUCGGUACGACCGGUGGCUUUAUGCUGGGAAUGUGGAUCGCUCGACCGCACCUACCGACACCGAUUAUGAAAUCGAUCGCAUCUACCUCGUUCCGCGAUCCGGACAAUGUGGUCGUUUGCCAGACGGCCGUGCCACAGUUUCAAUCGGCUUCCGACAUACUGGUGCGCGUUAGAGCCGCAUCUCUCAAUCGUAUUGAUCGGCGUAUCGCGUUCGGAUACGGGCGAACGCUGAGACGGUUGAUCCGUUGUUAUAAUAGCACCUACGAUCCGGAAUUGCCGCUCGUGCUCGGUCGCUCCUGUGCCGGUAUCGUCGAAGCGGUUGGAAAUGGGUCAAAGAGUGGUCUCGAGAUUGGUGACGAAGUGUGGCUGGCAACGCACUGGUAUGAACCCGGUGUUGCAUCGGAGUUCGUUGUUGUCCCCGAAACGCGCGUCUCUCGUAAGCCUUUCUUGAUUGGGUUCGAAGGAGCCGCCAGCUUACCGUACAGUGGAUCGAUUGCUCUCAAUCUGCUCGAUUCAUACCGUCUCAACGAACACACAUGCAGUGGAAGAAGGAUUCUGGUGCAGGAUGCCUGCUCUCCGGUUGGUUGUGUCAUUACACAGUUGGCCCACAAAUGGGGAGCCCACGUUGCCGUCACUUGCCACACUCGCUCUGUUCCGGUGAUUAAUAAUUUGGGUGCUGCCGAUAUCAUAACCUUCGCGAACGAACACUUUCGCUCGAACUUUAUCGACGUGAAUGUGGACAAAUCGAACUUCAUCAACGAGCUGACUUCGCGAGAGAAGUUCCACUUUAUCUUUCUUACCACCCGGCUCGGGUACGAUUACAAAUUCAUGGAAAAGUUUCUCACCAAAGACGGCGUGAUCGUGGAUGCGGUCGAGCCGGAACUCUCAACCGAUGAUUACGGUGUUGUAGGUCGGUUCUUCCUGGGUACGUACGUUCGCUUUCGCCGUGCCCUGGCCUUCCUCUGCCGUACUAACGUCGACUGGGGAGGGCCUCAUCUGUGCCAUCGGAUGCUGGAACGAUUGGCCGGUUUCGUGAACGAUGAAACCCUAAAAACCGUUGUCGAUAGAGUCUACACUCCGAGUGAGGUUGAACGAGCCCUAGAGCAUAUCUGCAGCGAAAAGAGUAUUGGCAGUACCAUCAUUACGUUCCGAUAGGAACCGCUGGGGGAAUGCCUGGAAUACAAUCAACCGUCGUAACGAUCCACCACCGACGACAGAGCUAAGACUUGUGUAAUGCCGAGGAGAGUGUUUGUCCUCGGCGUUGCCAUCUGUAUACGCCGCUAGCGCCUGUUAAUUUUUUUUAUUUUGGUUGAGUUGUUCUGUUUUAUAUUUUUGCGCGGUAGAUUAGUUCCGUUUCCGUUUGUGGUGUAUUAGAAUCCAAUUUUUAGGCGGUUUUCGAAAGGAUGAUUUUGAAAUAAACAAAUCGAACUGAA